GCAGAGAAAACCAGUUAAAGCCCCCAAACCCAAAAGAUUUUGAAUUUGCUAAUCUUUUGAUAAAUGUCAGUACUUUUCUUCCUUCUUAUUGUAGUGAGGACCUCUUGAGUCAAUCCCAAGCAUAACCGAUAUAAAUCCCAAAGGUUUACUAAAUCCAGUCACUUCCAUUAGAAAGAACGGAGAGCUUGCGAAGAUAAUGUUAGAAUUUCUAGCAAAGACUAAAGCGGAGGAUGCAGAAAUAAAGCUGAAGCUCCUCUUCAAUGGCGAACACUGAGUUUACCACUUAUUUUAUCUUCAUCACUUUGUUCUGCUUUACAGUUCCUUCCACAGCAAAGCCAUCAGCUUUAGUCCGAGAAAUCAAGCAGAAAACUCAAGAGCAAGAUAAAGAACCGUUUGUGGGUGUUAACAUAGGCACGGAUGUCUCAGAUCUGCUUUCACCAGCAGACUUGGUUUCAUUCUUGCAAGUGCAGAAAAUUUAUCACAUUCGACUGUAUGAUGCAAACCCCGAUAUACUCAAAGCAUUGGCGAAGACAAAGAUACGGGUCAUUAUCAGCGUACCGAAUAACCAGCUUUUGGCGAUUGGGUCAUCCAACACCACGGCGGCUUCUUGGGUCGGUCGAAACGUCGUCGCUUACUACCCGGAAACGCUCAUCACCGGUAUUGCAGUUGGAGAUGAGGUCUUGACGACCGUACCAUCCUCGAGUCCUUUGCUGCUUCCUGCAAUUCAGUCUCUUUACAGUGCUUUGGUGGCUGCAAAUUUGCAUACUCUAAUCAAGGUUUCAACCCCACAUGCAGCUUCGAUUGUUCUUGAUACCUUUCCUCCUUCUCAGGCUUACUUUAACCAAAGCUUGACUGCGGUUAUGGUUCCUUUGCUUCAGUUUUUGUCAAGAACUGGGUCUCCUUUAAUGAUGAAUCUUUAUCCUUAUUAUGUGUUUAUGGAGAAUAAAGGUGUGGUUCCGUUGGAUAAUUCCUUGUUUAAGCCAUUGACACCGUCUAAAGAAAUGGUUGAUCCUAACACUUUGCUGCAUUACACUAAUGUGCUGGAUGCCAUGAUUGAUGCUGCAUAUGUUUCUAUGAAAAAUUUGAACGUUACCGAUGUUAUUGUGCUUGUCACUGAGAGUGGGUGGCCUUCGAAAGGGGAUUCGAAAGAGCCUUAUGCUACUAAAGAUAAUGCAGAUACCUAUAAUUCGAAUCUUAUUAAGCAUGUCUUAGACCGUAGUGGAACCCCUUUGCAUCCAGAACUCACUUCCAGUGUGUAUAUUUAUGAGUUGUUCAACGAGGACUUGAGGUCACCCCCAAUAUCCGAGGCGAAUUGGGGAUUGUUUUAUUCAAAUUCAACCCCAGUGUAUUUGCUUCAUGUAUCAGGAAGUGGGACCUUUUUGGCAAAUGAUACAACUAACCAGACCUUUUGUAUUGCAAUGGACGGAGUUGAUUCGAAGACAUUGCAGAUGGCUUUGGACUGGGCUUGUGGUCCUGGUAGGGCAAAUUGCAGUGAGAUUCAACCAGGGGAAAGCUGCUACCAGCCGAAUAAUGUGAAGAACCAUGCUUCUUAUGCAUUUGAUAGCUACUAUCAGAAGGAAGGGAGAGCUUCUGGGUCUUGUGACUUCAAGGGUGUGGCCAUGAUAACUACCACUGACCCAAGUCACGGGAGCUGUAUAUUUCCAGGAAGUAAGGUGGUAAGCAAUAAGACGAGAACGGUUUCUAACUCGACGGAAACAAGUGGUGCAGCUGAGAGGUUAAAGUUCAACAAUUUCCACAGCUGCCAAAUAAGUUCAACGACUCUAGCAUUAUGUAUUUUGUUAUUCAUUCUUUUGUGAAGGCUCGGUGAGGAGGAAA